AUGCCAACUCAUAGGGAUAGGGAUAUAUUUCAGACUGGUAAGGCACAGCCGCCCGUCUCCUCGUCCCACCCCUUGCGCGCGCCGCCGAAUAUCGUCGUCAUGGCUGGGGCUGGCCUGAGCGUCAGCGCCGGGAUUCCAGACUUCCGGUCUCCGGGGACCGGGCUGUACGACAAUCUGCACAGGUACGGCCUGCCCCACCCGGAGGCGAUCUUCGAGCUCAGCUUCUUCCGAGACAACCCCGCGCCCUUCUAUCCACGCGGUGCGGCGGAUAUGCUCUGCAAGGAGCUCUGGCCUGGGCAGUACCGCCCCACGCCCGCACACUAUUUCCUGGCACUGCUGGAGCAGAAGGGCUUGCUGCAACGCUGCUACACUCAGAACAUCGACUCCCUUGAGACCACGGCCGGCCUUUCCCGAGAGAGACUGGUCGCCGCGCACGGGAAUUUUGACACCGCCUCCUGCAUCGACACGGGGCGGAAGGUGCCCCCGGACGAGGUCAGGCAGGCCGUGAUGGGCGGGGCGGAGGCGUGCGAGGAGAUGGCGCAGCGGCACGGCGGCCUCGUCAAGCCGGACAUCGUUUUCUUCGGCGAGAGUUUGCCGGAGAGGUUCUUCCGGCUGCAGCGCGAGGACUUCGCGCUCUGCGACCUGCUGCUGAUCUUCGGCACCAGCCUCCAGGUCCACCCCUUCGCGGGCCUCGCCCGCGAGCCACGGCCGGGCGUGCCGAGGGUGCUGGUGAACAGGGAGCGCGUGGGCGAAGACGAGGAUGGGCUCGGCGAGCUCCAGGCGAUGCUCGGGAUUGGACGAGCAUCAGGCCUCCAGUUCGACCACGCCGGCUCCCAGGACGUGUUCGUCCAGGGCGAGUGCGACGAUGCCGUGGAGGAGCUCGUGCGGCUGCUCGGCUGGCAGAGUGAGUUCCUGGAGCUCUUGGAGUCUUCCGCGGAUUCCGCCUGGGCGCUGCAGCCCCGCGCUGCCGCCUUCAGCGUCAUCCACGACGCCCUCGCCAUGUCUCCGUGGGAGCAGCGUGUCUGGCAGAACGCCCCAGCGGCCGGGGGCGGCCGCAGGAACGUGAAGCGCGUGCUCCACGCCGCGACCUCCGAGGUCUUCGCCAUGAAGAUCAUCGCGUCGUCGCAGGUCCGCGAGCGGGACGCGAGCUCGUACCUGAACAGGGAGGUGUCGGUGCAGCUCAAGGCGCGACACCCGAACAUCCUGAGGCUGCUCAGCUACUUCGAGGACCUCCGCCGCCGCGCUUGCGGGGACAUGGGAGCGUCUGCGCUGUACGUGUGCAGCGAGUGA